GUGUGUGUGUAUGUAACAGAUGAAGUAAAAACGUAGCGUGUGAGGGCUCGAAAUCGUUUUACUGUUGAUGUUUCUGCCGGUUACGUUCUCUGUCGCGUUUGAUCCGGGGCACGCUUUGGCGUAGUAUACAGCACUACUGUUUUUGAGAGAAAGUAACAGCGACCAAUCAGGUUAACUAGAAAAAGACGGGACGUGUUUUCAUAUUAUCUACCUCACUCUAUUCGUGCAGCUACUCCAACCAUUGCCAUUAGUGGUCCGUUAUAUAUAUCGACGGUUCAAGAUAUUUUACAUUAAGGCUAGUGAAGAUCCAGCUAGUAACGAAAAGUGCGCAAAAAGGUGCGCUGAACAUAAGAAGGUCGCAUGAAGAUCAUCGGAGUACGCGGAGACUUGUAAGAAGAUCGGCCGAGUUCUCAUAACGCUCGCAGGAGAAUCAUCGAGUAACGUAGGAUGUUGUCGGUGGCUCGUCCGACCUUGCUAACCGACGUUGCAAAAAGAGUGACUGACAACCACCUUGGAUACGCAUGACGAUUGUAAACGUAUCGUGAAUCGAGGAAGUUGAGCAGAGUCGCCGAAGGAACAUGUAUCUGUGAGGCAUUCGGUGACCUCGCGUUUCCACCUGAUCUCCGGAACGUUUUCUGAACAUCUUCCAUUUCUUUCUUUUACUCUUCUCCUUUUUAUUUCCGUGAUAUGGAGGAGAGUGAUAAUUUGCCCAAAAAACCUAAACGAAAUUUCGUAGAAGCUUGGCUCAGCGAUGAGCGUUACAAGGACUGGUUGCGUAAAGUACCAUCCGAUGGAAGUCUUUAUUACUGCACCAUAUGCAAGAGGAAUUUCUCGUGCAGCGCGUCGCAUAUUUGCAGACAUGCGAGUACCUCCCUUCACCGAAAGAGUUUGAAGCGACACAACAAUGAUUCGGAUGUGUCGUCCGACGAUGAUAUGACGCAAAAUGGGAAGUCGAGUAAGUCGGUGUUCAAAAGCGAAUGGUUGGAAAUUCCUAGCUUUAAGUUAUGGCUGCGUGACGUUCCGCACAACAACCAUUUGUGUACAUGUGUAAUUUGCGAGAAAACAUUCGCCGCCCAUUUCUCGCAUAUCCGUCGACACUCAGUUUCCGGAAGGCACGUGAAUCUAUGUAAACGGAAAGGUAUGAAAGUGAACAAUUCAAAUGAUGACUUUAAGGUGCAAGAUAAGCAAUCUCUCUUGUUGUUUCGCGAGCGUAAGAAAACAGCGGAGAUGCAGUACGCCGCAAUCAUCGCGGAGAGAAACAUACCGUAUCAAACUGCGCAGGACAUUCUGAGCUUCUUCCAACAGUUAGGACAGGAUCCUAAUGUGCUGAAAAGCAUGAGCAUGGGACGAACUAAAUGUAAGAAUAUCAUAUCCAAUGUGUUGGGUCCGGUCGAGAGCGAGCAUGUCGUUGACAAACUUCGGAAGGCAAAAUUCUCCGUUUUUAUCGAGGACACGUAUUACUGCAAUGAAAAUUGGAUGACGUUCUUCGUUAGAUACAUCGAUCCCCACACAUUGGAUGUCGGCUCGCAAUUAGUGAAAUUGAUCAACAUCGAUGUGAAUGGUUCCAGGUCUGAAAACUUAUUCCAUGCGUUCAAGUGUGAAAUGGAGAAAUUACAGAUUCCCUUCUCAAAUAUCGUCGCAUUGUCGUGCGACAGUACACCCGAAAUGACGGGGAAACAUUCAUUUAAAACUAAGUUAGGACAGAUAUGCAAACAUUUAUUAAUAUUCCCAUGCCCGUGCCAUUUGACCACGUUGGUCACGCACACCGCGUGCGCGAAAAUACCAUCAUUCUGUGACCAUUUCCUGAAAAGAAUAGUUAAUUAUUUCAACAAUUCGAAGCACUCGAAAACUUUUCAGUUUCGCGAUUGCUUUCAAGAGAAAUAUCGCAAAAUUUUGAAGUUAAGUAAAACGCGCUGGCUGUCUCACUACCCAUAUGUCGAGAAACUUCUCGAAUCAUGGAAUACAAUUCAACAUUCUCUGCAGGAAAUGGCAUCGAGCGACGAAACAAAAUGUGCAGAAUAUCUCUUGGCCAUGAUGAAUAAUGUAGAACUGAAGGCUUAUUUUUUCUUUCUCAAAUAUAUUUUAUGUUUCUUCGAUGCGUUCAAUACAUUUUUCCAAUCUGUAGAAACGAGGGUCCAUUUAUUGCAGUCAAAAUCAAUUAACUUACUGUACGAAGUCUGCCAAAACUUUGUUAAAGAAGAACAUCUAGAGAACUUGACGACAAUUGUGAAAUUCUCGAACAGAGAAAUUCAGAAGGAUGUAAAUGAAGUUUAUCUUGGAUCAGAAUGCGAGGAGUAUCUUAACAAACUGAUGAUGGAAGAUCAUGUGGAUGUAGUUACAACCGUUCGACAAAACUGUUUACAAUUUUACCUUACUGCUGCGAAGGAAAUACGUGAGAAAUUGCCCAUUGUAGACGAUAUUUUGGCGAAAUUACACAUUUUCGAAUCAUCCACAGCUCUGUUCGAUAGUGACAGAGAAACGUCGUUCCGACACGUUUCUUUCUUUGCGAAAACUUUCGGUGACUCCGAUGAAGAAUCCUUGAGAAAAGAGUGGUUUGCAUUGACAACAGAUUUCACUAUAAAAGAGAAACUGAAUAUGUCGAACUUAAGUUUCGACGAUAUGUGGAAAGAAAUUUUGCACCGCCCGGCGCAGUCGUGUACUUACAAAUAUCCCAAUUUGCGAAAUAUUCUGAGCGCUAUUCGAGCACUCCCUAAUUCAAAUGCAGAUCGGGAGAAUACGUUUUCAAUUUUAACUAAUUUAAAAUCGAAAAAGCGAAAUAAAUUGUCUUCGGUCUGUGUUAAUGCCACUUGCGUAUUAAAAUCAGCGUUAAAGAUGAGAGGCGAAUCAGCUAUAAACAUGGAAAUAACUUCACAGCACUUAUCUCGUAUGUUGUCCGACAAAUUAUAUCCGGAGUGCCCUAAAAAGGAAAAUCCUUUAACUGAUACUAAUACUUUUACUGACGAAAUUACUGAAGUUACUAACGAAGUUGAUCCACUGGAAGGUUGUUAGUCCUUCGUUUAUAAUACAAUAAUAAUGUCUAAAAGAGCAUCAGUUAUGGACGGCAAAUAUUGGCAUAUCCAAGUCAAAUGAAAUCAUUACUUGAUUUUUACUUGUAAUAUAUAAAUCUUGUUAAUUUCUUUUCUUGACAUUGUUAUUUUUAGUUGUUAACAUUAUUAUUAUAGUUUAAUGCUAAGAAGAGUAUACAGAUUAUUCAAAUUUUUCUAUUUUUGAAAAUAUACACAGAUAGGAGGGAUUCGAAGUUCAUAAAUACUGUGGUGAUGAUGCCGAGCUACGAGAUCUUGAUCUCUUUUUGUAAUAUACACAUACACGCGCAUAAUUUUAUAUAUGUACAUACAUAUAUAUAUAUUAUAUGUACAUA